UAUGAAUGGGGCGGAAGACUUGAAAAGGCGAGAACCCGAGAGGGGUAUAAAGUAUAAACAGCGAGGGCAGGUGAUUGGGAUCCCAUCCCAAUUCCCAAGAGAAAAGUAACGGUAUAUGUGUUUUUUUAACGGUGAGCGUGAACUGAAUUGAAGGUCUCCGUCGGCACUUGGCAGCACGCAACAAUGAAUUGAAGCCCUUUGUCUUUGAUUUGAUUUCAUAGUUAGUGGCGUUUGGUGGAGUUGGAUUCGUUGUGUCGCGUUUGUCUUUUGGGGUAUGAAUAUAUGAUCGGGCUGGGGUGUGUUUUGUGUGUUAAGUGCUGUAGAGGAGAGAGUUGGAAUCUGUUUGGAUGAGCGUGUGGUUGACUGCGACUUUGACCCCUUUCCCUUUUUCCCCUUUCCCUUUGGGAUUGCUGUAAAUAUAAGCAGCUCUCCUUGCUAGCUGCCCUCUUCUUUUCCAGAAGAGAAUCCUCAAUCCAUCCAUCCAUCCAUCCGUCACUCGUCAAAUCAAGUAGAAGGCUCGAAUUGAAUUUGAUUGAUUAGUUCCGUUUGGGGGACAGUGACAGAGCAAGAAGAGCAUCAUGGGUUGCUUCUCUUGUUUCGAUUCGAGGGAGGAUCAGAAGCUGAAUCCCCAUGGCAAGCACGAUCACGAUCACGAUCAUCUUCGCAAGCAGCAUCAGCAGCAGCAGCAGCACCCUCACCCAUCCAAUCAAGCUCUACCUUCUCACAUCUCCCGAUUGCCCUCUGGAGCAGACAAGUUGAGGUCCAGAAGUAACGGGGGCUCCAAAAGGGAGCUGCCUGCUCCCAAGGAUGGGCCUGGUGUCCAAAUUGCUGCUCAAACUUUUACCUUCCGUGAGCUUGCAGCUGCAACUAAGAACUUCAGGCCGGAGUCCUUCAUAGGGGAAGGUGGUUUUGGAAGGGUCUACAAAGGGAAGCUGGAGAGCACUGGUCAGGUUGUUGCUGUUAAACAGUUAGACAGAAAUGGUCUUCAGGGUAAUCGGGAAUUCCUUGUCGAAGUUCUAAUGCUUAGUCUUCUACAUCACCCUAACCUUGUGAAUCUCAUCGGAUACUGUGCGGAUGGUGAACAGCGCCUCCUUGUUUAUGAAUUUAUGCCAUUGGGAUCAUUAGAAGACCACCUUCAUGAUCUUCCCCCUGAUAAAGAACCAUUGGAUUGGAACACUAGGAUGAAAAUAGCUGCAGGGGCUGCAAAAGGACUGGAAUACCUGCAUGACAAGGCAAAUCCUCCGGUUAUUUAUAGAGACUUCAAGUCAUCUAAUAUAUUACUCGACGAAGGAUACCACCCCAAGCUUUCUGACUUCGGUCUUGCAAAGCUAGGUCCUGUGGGUGACAAGUCACACGUUUCUACACGUGUGAUGGGAACUUAUGGUUACUGUGCUCCUGAGUAUGCUAUGACUGGACAACUGACUGUCAAGUCCGAUGUAUACAGUUUUGGAGUGGUGUUCUUAGAGCUGAUUACAGGCCGUAAAGCAAUUGACAGCACCCAACCACAUGGAGAACAAAACCUUGUCACAUGGGCACGUCCACUGUUCAAUGACCGUAGGAAGUUUUCAAAGCUGGCUGAUCCAAGGCUGCAGGGGAGGUUUCCUAUGCGAGGCCUUUACCAGGCUCUAGCUGUGGCAUCCAUGUGCAUCCAAGAAUCCGCUGCCACGCGUCCUCUGAUUGGGGAUGUGGUGACUGCCCUCUCCUAUUUGGCCAACCAGGCAUAUGACCCCAACAAUACUGGGCAUGGUAAUAGGGGCUCUGGUGAUGACAAAAGGAACAGAGAUGAUAAAGGUGCAAGAUUAUUGAAAAAUGAUGAAGCUGGAGGAUCUGGACACAGAUGGGACUUGGAAGGAUCUGAGAAAGAUGAGUCUCCCAGAGAAACUGCAAGGAUGUUGAACAGAGAUCUUGACAGAGAACGUGCUGUGGCUGAAGCAAAAAUGUGGGGAGAGAACUGGAGAGAAAAAAGAAGACAGAGUUUGGAACCAGGAAGUUUUGAUGCUACUAAUGUGUAGUGUCCUAUGAGCAAAUCCCAGCACCAACCGUCAUUUACAAGAUGGGUUUGUGGCUAUGGAAGGUGGAUAUCCAUUUGAGGAGCUCAUCUUUCUUUGAGCUGACCUAAACAAAUCUGAGUAGCCAUUUCGGUAGAAGGAUGGGCUCUAAUUAGUUUACAAUCAGUCAGUCUAGCUGCCAUUUCUUGCCAUGGCUGCAGCAGCAUAAAGGAACCUUGUUACAAAAUGUUCUCUAACUGAACCUUUUUCGCAACUGCCAUCCCUUUGUUUCUUUUUUGCUUACCUCCCUGAACUCAAGCAUAGUGGAUACUUGUACAUUAUCUGCUAUUAUGAGUCAUUCUCAGAAUCGUUGGAGCAAAAUCAUCCUCAGAUAAAAAUGCUUCUUCCAGCCUUCCCCCCUCCCCCCUUCUUUUUCACAUUGAAGAAACAUAGAAUGGAAUCUUUAUAGUGUGUCUAUCGUAAUUUCAGGAUUUAUAAUAUCAGGUUGUUAGAAA